CAGACACAGUCCUUUGUAAUAUGCAAUUAUGUUUCGUGUAGUACGGUGUGUUGUGUGUGUCAAUAGAAAAGCGGUGACAGCCCUGGGAAAUGGCGCGAAUUUCUCUACGGGAAGCGCAGUUCCUGUAUCAAAAGAGAAAUACACAAGGAUAGAAGAUUUUUACGCGGGAAAAUCCGUGUUUAUCACAGGCGCUACUGGUUUUCUUGGAAAGUUGUUCGUAGAGCGGCUGCUAUAUAAUUGCAAGGAUAUCGAUAAAAUAUAUAUUUUAAUAAGGCCCAAGAAAGGACAGGACCCUGGCAAAAGGCUGCAAAAAAUAUUUGACGUCCCGAUUUUCGAAAAAUUAAAAGAAACAAGACCCGAAGAUUUGAGGAAAGUGACUGCUAUUGAAGGAGACAUUACAUCACCUGAACUGGGAAUCAAAGAUGCAGAUAGACAAAAAUUAAUUGACCAGGUAUCAGUAGUAUUCCAUUCGGCAGCUACAGUCAGAUUUGCAGACACUUUUGAUAUGAUUAUGAACGUCAAUUUAGAAGGUACGAGAAAAGUGAUUGAAUUAAGCAAGAAUAUGAAGAAAUUAGACUCAUUCGUAUAUAUUUCAACGGCAUAUUCUAAUGCGAAUAAUUUGGUCAUUGAGGAGAAACUGUACCCACCUCCCAGAGAUGUGGAGGAGGUUCGAAGGUUUGUUAAAGAACAUGGUACUGAUGAGAAGAAGGUUAAUGAAUUCUUAGAAAAGUUCCCAAAUCCUUAUGCGCUAUCGAAGGCAUUGUGUGAGGUUCUACUUGAUCAAGACAGAGGACACAUGCCUUCAAUCAUAGUCAGGCCUUCUGUAGUAAGUCCUAUUCUCCACGAACCCGUGAAAGGCUGGACCGACAGCUGGGUGGCAGCCACGGCCCUCUUCAGUAAUGUGGCAAGAGGCCUCACCAAUGCUGCCUAUGGAAGAGAGGACGUGGUUUGUGACCUUAUUCCUGUGGAUUAUGUUACUAAUUUGACUAUUUUGGCUGCGGCUAAGGGAAAUAAAACAAACGAUGUGCUGGUCUAUAAUAUUUGCAGCAGUGCAGUCAACCCCAUAACUUGGAAACAUGCGUCUAAUUUAUUCUUAGAUGAGAGUAGAAAACAUGAUUAUAGUAAAAGAAAACAGAAACAAUUAUUAUUAAGCAUGUCACCAGCAGUUGUUAAAACUAUGACGUUUAUUUUUAAAACAAUACCCCUCUUCUUCGCUGAUGCGGGCCUGGUCAUCAGGGGAAAGAAGCCUUGGCACAUUAAAGAACACAAUCGGGCGAAGCACUUAAUAGACUUGAUAUACCCCUUCACAACAACAUCCUGGACAAUAAAAUGCAACAGAACUCUCUCACUUAUAGAAUCUCUCGAUGACCAUGAUAAGAAACAAUUCCAAUGUGACCCUAGUAAGAUAUGUUGGAACGAGUAUAUGAAAAUAUUUGCGUAUGGUGUAAAGAAAUAUCUCUUGAAUGGUAAAUAGAAAAUAAGGUAAUUUAUUGGUAUAAGUAAUAUGUUAAUAAAGUGUAAGAACCAUUAUUUUGUAUUUAUUGUCAUUAGAAAGAAAAUGACAAAAAUACAAACGAUUUAUCCACUGUAUUUUUUUUUAAUUCUCUACA